CUAAUCGCAUCUUCACGUUUCAUCAAGAGUAAGAAAAGGUGCCCAACAUGAAUCGCAUUUUGUMAACGAGUGCUUAAUUUGUUUGGAAAAGUUUUAUCCAUAAUCCUUUUCGGUCUAGUUCCGUGAUAAGAAUGAAACCGAAGGGUGAAACCGAGUAYCGAGACGUCGUCUUCUGCCGUGUCUGUGCGUUAACUUGACAAGAUUUCAGACGUUAUACGCCCAGAAUAAUACUCCUAAUUACUGUUGAGUUUUAUACAGAUAUCAUGGACCCAAGCACUGCAGAAGAACCUAUUUGUUUAGAUGAUGUCGAGUUGAAAGCUCGCCAAAGGCUUUCUGAAUUAGCUCUCCAGUUCUAUAGGGGAGGUGCUGAUGACGAACUGACUGUAAAAGAUAAUAUCAAGGCUUUUCAAAGGAUAAAAUUGAGACCUAGAAUGCUUCGAGGGGUUACAGAAGUUGACAUGUCAAGCACUAUCCUUGGACAGAAGGYCAGCAUGCCUAUAUGUGUUUGUCCAACUGGAAUUCAUAGAUUAGCUAACCCUGAUGGUGAAAAAGCAACAGCCAAAGCCUGCACAAGAUCUGGCACAUGUAUGACACUAAGYAUGGGUGCAGGUUUCCCAAUGGAAGAUAUUGCACAUGCUUCUCAAGCAGGCCUUCGAUGGAUGCAGUUUAAUGUCCUUGAAAAUAAAGAAAAGAUGAAAACUUUGAUUUAUGAAGCAGAGAGAUUAGGUUUCACUGCUGUGGUUGUAACUGUUGAUUGUACUAUUAUUGGAAAUAGACGUUCAUUUAGAAAAGAUAGGGGUUCUGGACCAUUUUUUCAAGUACCAUAUCCUAUCUUCACUGGAAGAAGAGAUGUUGUGCGGUUUGAUCUAGAAUUCGAUAAAACUAUUACUUGGGAUGUCAUAUCAUGGUUUAAAUCCAUCACAAAACUGCCAGUUGUCCUUAAAGGAAUCCUUACAGCAGAGGAUGCUAAACUUGCAGUUCAACAUGGUGCAGAUGCCAUCAUAGUAUCAAACCAUGGCGGUAGACAGUUGGAUGGAGUACUAGCAGCUAUAGAUGCAUUGCCAGAAGUGGUUGCAGCUGUYGAUGGUCAAAUUGAAGUAUACAUGGAUGGUGGAGUAAGGCUUGGUACUGAUGUACUGAAGGCAUUAGCAUUGGGUGCACGUGCUGUUUUUAUUGGUCGACCUGUGUUAUAUGGACUUGCCUACCAGGGUGAAGAAGGUGUUUGCAAAGUCCUCGAGAUUCUGCGUACAGAACUAAAGACGGCCAUGAUUCUUUCUGGCUGCUCUUCUUUAGCCGAUAUCAAAUCCUCUCUUGUCGUCAAACAAUGCCAGUGUUGUCUGUAGAGUCUAGUAACCCAGCAAGAAGAGAAUAUUAAUGAUUGCAAAAUUAGGUCUUGUUGUCCAAAACACAACAUGAAUAAAGUAAAAUUGGCCACAAACAAAGCAAACAUAAACAGUCCACUCGCUGUCAAGUACUUGGCUAUAGAAUUCCUGGAAAAAAGACAAAAAAAGACAACUUAAAACAAUUUGAUGGAAAAAAGGACAACAAUAAMAAAAUGGAACAAUAGACUAGAACUAUUUUUAAUAUGAUAGAAUAUUAAAACAAUGUAAUGGUAAUYAAGCAAUUUAGACAAGAGAACAAUAGAAAAUGGUAGCAAUUGAACAAUGGAGAAUUAGAGCAAUARAACAGGAACAAUAAAACGAUGAAUUAUAGAAACACUUACCAUUUCAAGUUCAAUAAUUCUGUAGUCAGUGGAUGGAAAAGAAGCUCUCUCGAUGCCCCACUUUCCAUCAUGGUCUUGAACCGAAAAAUUAAYCCAUAARAGCUUUUAUUAAACAAGAUAUCUAUCUAUGCGAAUACUAAUGUGUUCUAGUCUCUUGUUGGGUUACCUGUGGUCCAAAGUAGAAAUGUGCACCACGUUUACCAUUYCUUUCAKACGGGUGAACGUCCAGGAAUUCAAAAUUGUAGGUAAUCUAUCGCAACAAACACGUGACAUGUAUCAGUAGUCACAUGAAUAACAAGCAUUUAUGACGACGGUGCAAUGAUGAUGGUCAGUGACCAUCCCCAUUGCAUCAUCAACAUCGUAAUCACGUGGUAUACAUACCGAAUAGUCAGGAUCUGUUGUUGUCACAUUACUCGAUGUUACAACGCAUUUAUCCAUGACUAACUUGGCUACUUCAGGGAAGUUCUCAAUCAAACCCUUCAUCGAAGAAAAUCCUUUUGAAUCUUUAACGUUAAGAGCUUCUUUCCAUCUGAUAAAAGACGCAAAAUGAUAAAUGACGCCAAAUUUGUUUGUAUAAAAUCCGAUUUAAAUACCUUUUAUGUUUUAUUAUCUCCAUACAAGAUUGUGCUUUUCCACCAUAGAUAGCGGCGCCCAAGCAGCCUCGACCGAAAGCUGACUUAAUGUCGACAGCAGCUCCUCUAUCAAGCAGGACUUUAACGACUGCUACGUUACCAUGGGCACACGCAACGUUCAAAGCAGUGGCCUAAAAUAUCAAAACAUCUUUAAAUUAUCYAACCUUCUGCUAUUAUGUAUUGCUGUAAUUUUCAAAAUGAUAAUGAUGAAAAAUCAUCAGCUUUCUUACUCUGUUCUUGCUAAGGUCAUCUAUUUUAGCACCGUGGUCUAGUAACAUGAUAGCUGCUUUAUGACAUCCCCCAGGAGCGAUAGCAAGAAGAGGAGUUAAGCGAUCGUCAUCCCUACAAAACAAUUGCMWUUAAUACCAGCAAAACACAGUUUCGAUUUCUCGCAGCUGCAAUGCCUAUCCUAGCAGUAAGAAAAUAUUUCAGCAUCUAAUUAUGCGAUUUAUGUUUUAUAGAUUGAGUGCGCGCACUCAUUGAUUGACUUUAUUCUAAUUUUCCGCCCCGAAUUUUAAUAGACAUGGAUUUGAACCUUGAGUUUACUCGAGCUCCAUUUUGAAUUAGAAACUUGACGACGUCGUUUUUGUUUUCUAGAGCAGCGUAAUAUAGAGGCGUGCGAAGUCUGUAAUCUGUGGCGUGAAUUGACUGUCUAUUUGCUUCUACCAGUGCCUUUACACAUUKAAGGUCUCCUGCCCUGYAACCAAAAAAGUGAAUUUUACUUCUUUAACUCAUGCUUAAAACUAAUCACGCUACAAAUGAGGUAUCUUGACAUUUAAGAGCCAGCUUUGUAACCAGAAAAAAGUCUAUCUUU